UACCGGGAGGACAGCAGUUGGCGCACGCGCGUUUCCGCCGGCGCUCUCGGAGUUUGACAGUCGGCGGAGCUGUAUUUAGUGAGGCUGCGGGCGCUACUCAGGGAGGGAAGGCAACCGAUCAUCGGCGCCUUGAAUGCCCCGCCAUCGCCGAUCACCCCUGAGCGGCAGCCUUCGCUUCGUUUGGACGAAGUUUUCAAUCAGAUGCAGAGACUUCAAGAAAUGCAAGAAUCGCUCAUUCUCAUUUCUUCUGCUGUGAUUCAAGAAACAGUAGCCCAACAGAAAGGCAAAGAGCUAUUGGUAUAUCCAGUUGAAAGAAAAAUGUUUAUUAACACAGAUUUGAGGAUCACCAUUUGGCCUCACCAGUGAAGAAGGAACCAGCAAUAUUGGCCGUUUACAGAGAAUGGCAAACAGAGGUAUUGAACACCUAAAUAAUGCCUCAAACAACGAUAAAACUUCACAGGCAACUCUGAAAAUGAUAGAGUCACAGGACUUCACUGAUAAGGCAAAUAACAUAGAACCUUCAGAUCUACCACUAGAUGAAAGUACCCUUCUGAAUAAAAACGGGCGGAAUGAGGAGCCUAUCCGAAAACAUCGCCAUAAACUGUGGAAAAUAUGUACAUGCCCACCUCAAGGAAUCAUUGCUAGCAUACUAACAAAGGUGAUUAUGGUGAUCCUGCUGUGGGCUGUUGUCUGGUCAAUUACAGGCCCUGAGUGCCUCCCUGGUGGUAAUUUAUUUGGAAAUCUGAUACUGUUCAUCUGUGCAGUUCUGGGAGGGAAGCUUGUUGGAAUGAUCAAAUUCCCAAAUCUGCCUCCAUUACCACCUCUUCUAGGAAUGCUGCUUGCUGGAUUUGUACUACGAAAUAUUCCUGUGGUUAAUGAUGCUAUUUACAUUGACUACAAGUGGUCAUCAUCCUUGAGAAGUAUCGCCCUUGCAAUUAUUCUCACCCGAGCUGGACUUGGGCUAGAUGCAAAGGCUCUUCGAAAGUUGAAGGCCGUAUGUCUUAGGCUGGCAUUUGGCCCUUGUCUUGUUGAAGCUUGUGUUUGUGCUGUUCUUGGACACUACCUACUGAAGUUGCCCUGGUCUUGGAGUUUUAUUCUGGGGUUUGUGAUUGGUGCAGUAUCUCCUGCUGUGGUUGUCCCAUGUAUGUUGCUCCUUCAGAAAGAACGCUAUGGGGUUGAGAAAGGAAUCCCAACACUACUAAUGGCUGCAGGCAGCUUUGAUGAUAUCCUGGCUAUUACAGGCUUCAACACGUGUCUUGGGAUAGCUUUUUCAUCAGGUUCAAUGAUUUCCAAUAUUCUCAGGGGAUUCCUUGAAGUUCUCAUUGGGGUGGCAGCAGGAGCUGCAAUUGGAUUGUUCCUUCGAUAUUUUCCUAGCAAAGACCAGGAAGAUCUUGUGAUGAAGCGUUCCUACCUCCUUCUGGGUUUGGCUGUGUUUGCUAUUUUUGCUACAGGCCUCUUCGGUUUCCCUGGUUCUGGAGGACUCUGCACCAUUGUCAUGGCUUUUCUUGCUGGAGUUGGAUGGGUUGAUGGCAAGGGGGGAGCUGAAGCUAUCACUGCCCAUGCCUGGGCCAUUUUUCAACCAUUACUCUUCGGAUUGAUUGGUGCAGAAAUAUCGAUUACUUCUCUAAACCCAUAUACAGUUGGACUUGGAAUCGCAACUCUAACCAUUGCUCUUGUAAUCAGAAUCUUGGUAACAUUUUUAAUGGUAAACUGCUCUGGAUUUAACUUAAAGGAAAAAAUAUUUAUUGCUUUGGCUUGGGUUCCUAAAGCCACAGUUCAGGCUGCCAUUGGGUCUGUAGCUUUGGACAUGGCCCGAAUCCGAAAUGAAAAGACUGCGGUAGAGUAUGGCAUGAUUAUUCUCACUGUGGCCUUUCUGGGAAUCCUGAUCACAGCUCCAAUUGGAGCAGUAAUUAUUGGUUUGCUUGGGCCAAAGCUACUGCAGAAAGAGAAGCAGCAGAGACCAGAGAACACAGAAUCACGGACCAUUUUAACACAUGGAUCUGCACAAGGAAUGGAAAAUGACAUUGAGAUCUGAGGUGCUCACUGAAGACUCGUGCCCAUAUUAUUCUCCCAAAAGAACAUCUGCAACAAGUUUCACCUGAAAUUUGUUUCCUGGAAGUAGUUCUGCUGAUAGUGGAGGAAACAGCUUUUAAAAGGUUUUUUAAUUAAUGGCUGUACAAUGUGUAAUUUAUUUUUAAAAGAAACUAUCAAAAAUUUACCAAAAAAAAGUAUAUCUGAAACUUUUAUUUGUGUAGAAAUCAACAACACUUAGCAAUUUGCUUGAUACUGAGGAUACAUUUGUGCAAUGAUCUUGAUACUACUGUUGCCAGGAUGUGACCAGUAUCUUGGAAGGACCCUGGGUAUUCAAUAACUCAGCCAGGUAAUCCAUGCGGCUUGAUCAUACUUUGUUCCUUAUUCAAAUACCACUCAAUGAUAAGUCAACACAUGUUCCUAGAACAUAGCACAGGUGAAUCCCAGUUUUCACUUUGUGCAGUACAAUUGCUGUGGACUACUCCAAAACUGCUAUUUUACCAGUGUAAUGCAGCUACCAGAGUAGUGCAAAGUCUGAAGAUUGGCGUUGCAGCACAUCCAGGCCUGAGGAUAAGCAGGCUAGAAUUAAUCCAAACUUUGCAUACUUUAAUUACUUUCCCCUUUUUCUUUGUAAAGUUUAGGCACCUGUGUCACAAAGGGAUGCUAUACUUAUCCAUCUUUUCCUCUGAGUGGAACCUGCAGUUUUGACUUUUGGGAAAUGCGCAGGUUGAAUUUCACCCUCAAGGUUACGUGCCUCUCAUUUGACACACCAAUGCACAAAAUGUUGCAGAAUCCCCCAAUUCUUCUUCCUUGACUGAAUGUAAUUUGAAUUAAUGUUAUGGAUUAUCAGUAAAUGCCUUCAUGGAUUACUUCUGUGCAAAGGCCAUGAAAUAAAUCAAUGGAAAGGUUUUGAAGUUUCUGAUGAUUCUACCUUUAGAACUCAGCUUAAAAUUAACAGAGUUGCAGAAGCAGUCACAAUAAGUUAUAAACUGUAGUUCCAAUUAUACACCACUGAUCACUCUGAUGCAAGUAAUUAAAUCACUGUGAAAUAGUUUGUUGAAUCAUAUAAAGCAUCAGAACACAAAGAUAUGCUGGCCAGUGUUCACUGCUCAGAAUCUAAGCUGACAGGGUGUAUUUUUCCAGAGACUGCUGUGUGGUACAGGUCAUUAAUAGAUGAUGAAUGGCCUUUAUUUAAAAUGCAUUCAAUAUGGUAACUAUACCUUCAUGCAGCAUCAAAAACACAUAAAACUGAUUGGAAAGAACAAUUACUAAAAGUGGAGAGAGAAAACUAGUUCUGUCAUUUGCAGGAAUUGGAUGUAUACACUUAUACCAGAUUAUCUAUUUAAUAUUAUGGAAGUUCAUUAUCAUGUAGGGGUGACCAUAAAUCAAGCUUUUGUAACCUAGGAACAGCCUGUCUAUUAUACACAACCCCAUUCAACAUACGUUAUUGAAAUUCAGAAAUGUAACUCAUAAAUGUAUUAUUUAUUAAAGAGAAGCUUAUUGCUGAGAAUAUAGAACUUGCUACCACAUGGACUGGUUGAGGCAAAUACUGCUGAUGCAUUGAAAGGAAGCUGGAUAAACACAACAAGGGGAGCAGGAAUAGAAGAAUCAUAUUAUGAGAUGGAAAAAAAUCUUGUAGAACUGGUGUAGAUCAGUUGGAUCAAAAAGCUGAUGCUUACAAAGGUAAGCAAUAAAGAUCCUGAAUGUCGUGUGAAAACAUUAAA